AUGGCGUCGGACGGAGGCGCGGCGGGGGAGGAUCCGCUGUGCGUGGAGCUCCCAGACCGACUGGCCAUCCUGCCGUUCCACAACCGCGUGCUUCUUCCCGGCGCCAUCGUGCGAAUCACCUGCUCCGACCCCAGCAGCGUGCGGUUGGUGGAGCAGGAGCUGUGGCAGAAGGACAAGCCCGCGCUGAUUGGAAUCGUACCCGUUAUAGAGCCCCCUGGUUCCGCGGAUAGCACUGGUAGCGGUGCUGCUGCUAGUGGCAGUGCUGCUAAUAAUAACGGUGCUGCUAAUAGCGGUGAUGGAAACGCGGAAGGAGGAGCAGGAGGGACAGGAGAGAAGGCAGGGGUAGGGGAAGGGGCGGCUACUAGUAACGGGGAUGCUAAUAGCGGUGAGGGAAAGGCGGUAGUGCGCGUGUGGGGGCCGAGCGGGCCAGAGGAGGUGACGGGGGGAACGGCGAAGCUGCUGCUGGAAGACGUGAAGUGGCACCCCAGGGGCGUGGCAGCUAGGGCGCUGCAUGUGGCUAAGGGAGUGGAGAGGCCCACAGGCCGGGUGACCUAUGCGGUGGUGCUGCAGGGCGUGUGUCGCUUUGCCAUCCUCUCCAUCAACUCCCGAGGGCCCUACCACGUGGCCCGGGUCUCUCAGCUCGAUGCUACCCCUCAGGAGGCGGACCGCGUGCGGGGGGACGACGAGGUUCGGCGGUUGGGAAGGCAGCUGCUGCGAGUGGUGGAGGAGCUGGCGAGGGUGAUGGAGCAGGAGAAGCAGCGGCAGGUGACAGGGCUGAGGAGGGUGGCCUUGGAGAGCCAGCAGGCAUCGGCUGGGGAGAUGCAGAGGUUGGCGGAUAUACUAGUGGCCAGUGUGGAGGGCGGGCUGGCAACGCGCCUGGCCAUGCUUGAUGCUGUCAACCCGCGGAUGAGGCUGCAACUGGCUGCUGCCAUCAUCUCCCUGCACCUCGAGAAGCUUCGUCUGGUGCAGCAGGGCAGCAGCACUAGCAGCAAGAAGAAGAAACCCCCUUCCUCCUCCUCCAAACCCCCCUCUCUGCAACUAGGGCCUCCCCCCCUGUUCCCAUUCUCCAUUUCUCCCUUUCUCUCCCUAUCAAUUGCAGAAGCUUCGUCUGGGAAAGGCGGUGGGGAAGGUGAGGGGAGGGAGCGUGGUGCGGCAGGGGAUGGUGAGGAGGGGGGGGAAGAAGAGGAGGAGGAGGAUGAUGACGAUGAUGAUGACGUGGCAGUGCUUGAGAGGCGCAUGAAGGAGGUGAAGAUGCCGCCCAAUCCGCAGCAGCCAGGCUACAGCACAACCCGGCAGUACCUGGAGCUUCUGAGUGACCUCCCCUGGGGCAUAUCGUCUCCCACUGCUGCUGCUUCUGCUGGUGCUGGUGCUGGUGCUUCUGGUGCUGCUAGUGCUGCCGCUGCUGCCUCUAUAGGGCAACACUCAUGCCAAAUUCUCCCCCACUUCUGCUUGUCCCCCUAUAGGCGCCUUCGCAAGAUGCAGCCGCAGCAGCCGGGCUACAGCACAACCCGCCAGUACCUGGAGCUUCUGAGCGACCUCCCCUGGGGCAUAUCGUCCCCCACUGCUGGUGCUAGUGGUGCUGGUGCUGGUGCUUCUAUAGAGCAACACUCAUGCCAAAUUGUUCCCCUCUUCUACUUUAUCCCCCCUCAUUACAGGCGGCUUCGCAAGAUGCAGCCGCAGCAGCCGGGCUACAGCACAACCCGCCAGUACCUGGAGCUUCUGAGCGACCUGCCCUGGGGAAUUUCGUCUCCCAUUACUGCUGCUGCUGCUGCGGGUGCUGCUGGUGGCAGCAGCAGCAGCGCGCUGAUAGACGUGGCAGCAGCGAGGGAGCAGCUGGACAGGGAGCACUUUGGGCUGGAGAGGGUGAAGCAGCGCAUUCUCGAAUACAUCGCCGUCAGGAAGGUGCGUGAGUGUGGUGGGGUGGGGUGGGGUGGGGUGGGGUGGGGUGGGGUGGGGUGGGGUGAGGUGGGGUGGGGUGGCAGCAGCAGCAGCAGUGGCAGCAGCGCGCUGAUAGACGUGGCGGCAGCGAGGGAGCAGCUGGACAGGGAGCACUUUGGGCUGGAGAGGGUGAAGCAGCGCAUUCUCGAAUACAUUGCUGUCAGGAAGCUCAAGCCUGACGCCACAGGUCCUGUGCUGUGCUUUGUGGGUCCUCCUGGCGUGGGCAAGACCUCUCUGCUCAAGCCUGACGCUACAGGCCCUGUGCUGUGCUUCGUGGGUCCUCCUGGAGUGGGCAAGACCUCUCUGCUCAAAUCAGGCGUGAUGGGUCCAGUGCUGUGCUUCGUGGGACCUCCUGGAGUGGGCAAGACCUCUCUGCUCAAGCCUGACGCCACGGGCCCUGUGCUGUGCUUCGUGGGUCCCCCUGGCGUGGGCAAGACCUCUCUCGUGUCUUCUAUCGCCAAAGCCCUGGGCCGCAAGUUUGUGCGGAUCGCGCUGGGAGGGGUGAAGGACGAGGCGGAUAUCAGAGGGCACAGGCGGACGUAUGUUGGAAGCAUGCCGGGGCGACUGAUUGAAGGAGUGAAGCGUGUGGGGGUGAACAACCCAGUGAUGCUGCUCGACGAGAUCGACAAGACUGGAGCAGAUGCCAGGGGCGACCCUGCUGCUGCGCUGCUAGAGGUUCUGGACCCCGAGCAGAACAAGUGCUUCCAGGACCACUACCUGGGAGUCCCGUUUGAUCUCUCGCGGGUGGUGUUUGUGGCGACGGCCAACCGCGCAGCACCCAUCCCAGCCGCUCUGUUGGACCGCAUGGAGGUGAUUGAGCUUCCGGGCUACACCCCUGAGGAGAAGCAGCGAAUCGCCACGCGACACCUCAUCCCGCGCGUGCUGGAGCAGCACGGGAUCACCAAGCGUCACCUGCAUAUAUCUGACCACGCAGUGGAGGUGAUGAUAACACGCUACACUCGCGAGGCGGGAGUGAGGAACCUGAGCCGCCUGCUGGCAGCACUGGCCAGGCAUGCUGCCGUGCAGGUGGCCCAGUCCAAUCGCUGCAUCCGAGUGGCGAGAGAGGUGAGCGGGACCUCGCUGGCUCCUGGCAUUGCCCCUGCUGGUGCACCCAGCUCAGCUGCUACUUCUGACACGACUGAUCCGCUGGCGGCAGCAGCAGCAGUCGGGGACGCCAAGGCUGAGCUUGAGAUGGAAGUGGAGGCGAUAGGCAUGGAGGGCAAGGAGGUGGCGGCAGUGAUGGCGGACUCAGACCCUAUCGAAGUGACGGAGGAGAUGCUGGAGAAAGUUCUGGGGCCCCCCAAGUUUGAUGGCAGGGAAGCAGCAGAGAGGGUAGCAACACCGGGAGUGGCAGUAGGGCUGGUAUGGACAGCAGUGGGGGGCGAAGUGCAAUUUGUUGAGGCAACAGACAUGGUGGGGAAAGGGGAGCUGCAUCUGACAGGGCAGCUGGGAGAUGUCAUCAAGGAGUCAGCCCAGAUUGCACUCACUUGGGUCCGAGCCAGGGCAGCAGAGCUCUUCCCUCCACCCCUUACCUCCACCCCUCCCUCCUCCUCUCCUCCGCCUUUCACCCCAUUAGACCAUCCAUUCGAUGACUCCACACCUUCUGCCGACCACCUCCCUCCUCUCGGCCCUUACGGUGCUGUGCCCAAGGAUGGCCCUUCCGCCGGUGUUACGCUGGUAACCGCGCUCGUGUCUCUCCUCUCCAACCGCUGUGUGCGGUCCGACACGGCCAUGACCGGCGAGCUCACGCUCAGGGGUUUGGUGCUACCUGUAGGGGGCGUCAAGGAGAAGAUUCUCGCUGCCCAUCGUUACGGCAUCAGGCGUGUUAUACUGCCCGAAAAGAACAUCAAGGAUCUCCAGGAGGUGCCGGCUGCUGUGCUGGCAUGCAUGGAGGUACGCUGA